AUUCUAAAAUAAAAUCGCCCUGGCAUGAAGUCACAGCCUAUUUCACAUCCGGUUUACCCAGGGACAUAUUACUAUUGUCCUGGAAAAGUAAAGCUUCAUUUGGCCGCAAUUUGCGUAUUUAGAGUCGAUUUUUUAGUUACCAAUUUGCUCGGGACUGAGAAGAGUUUAACUCCCCACACCAAUGAAUAGUGCGCGAGACCUGCGCAUAGUCAGCGUCGUCAGCAGCCGCUUCUCGAGCCUCAAGCUAAAAUUCGGCAGAUCAGAGAUCUUUGAGGAUUUUUCCUAUCGAUUCCGGGUAGAAAAGAUAUCCGUAAAAGUUUGAGAAUACAACAGCCUCGAAUAUCUCUGGCAUAUCGCUUGACAAACCACUCUCCGACCAUGGGUGGACGGGCAGGAACGGCCAUUCUAUGUGUGUGGACCUGUUUGCUGGUGGCCAACGUGCUUUGUGGGAAAAGCUCUGGACAGAAUGGCCAGACGGAUGAGCAGAAAGACAACACUACAGUGUUCACCCGGAUCCUAGACAGUCUGCUAGAUGGCUACGACAAUCGCCUCAGACCAGGGUUGGGAGAGCGUGUAACUGAAGUCAAGACUGACAUUUUCGUGACGAGUAUUGGGCCCGUCUCGGACCAUGACAUGGAAUACACAAUUGAUGUUUUCUUCCGUCAAAGCUGGAAGGAUGAACGGCUAAAAUUUAAGGGCCCAAUGGCGGUUCUGCGUUUAAACAACCUGAUGGCCAGUAAAAUCUGGACCCCUGACACAUUCUUUCACAAUGGCAAGAAGUCGGUGGCCCACAAUAUGACCAUGCCCAAUAAGCUCCUACGAAUCACAGAGGAGGGAACACUGCUCUACACCAUGAGGCUGACAGUGAGGGCAGAAUGCCCCAUGCACCUGGAGGACUUUCCCAUGGACGCCCAUGCUUGCCCCCUGAAGUUUGGCAGCUAUGCUUACACCAGGGCUGAGGUCGUGUACGUGUGGACGAGGGGGGCCGCCCAGUCUGUUGUGGUGGCUGAAGAUGGCUCUCGGCUCAACCAGUACGAUCUGAUGGGGCAAAGUGUCGACUCGGGAGUUGUCCAGUCCAGCACAGGAGAGUAUGUUGUCAUGACGACACACUUCCAUCUGAAGAGGAAGAUUGGUUAUUUUGUCAUCCAGACAUACCUGCCCUGCAUCAUGACCGUGAUCCUGUCCCAGGUGUCCUUCUGGCUCAACAGAGAGUCCGUCCCUGCCAGGACUGUGUUCGGAGUGACAACUGUCCUGACUAUGACCACCCUCAGUAUCAGCGCUAGGAACUCUCUCCCAAAAGUGGCCUACGCCACAGCCAUGGACUGGUUUAUCGCCGUCUGCUAUGCCUUUGUCUUCUCUGCCCUCAUCGAGUUCGCUACAGUCAACUAUUUUACAAAGAGGGGCUACGCCUGGGAUGGCAAAAGUGUGGUCCCAGAGAAGCAAAAGAAGAAGAAGGAGUCACUCUUGAAGAAGAACAACACCACCGCAUACACUGCUGCCACUGCUACAGCCUUCGCUCCAAACAUUGCCAGAGACCCUGGUUUGGCCACCAUUGCCAAAAGCGCCCCCCCUCCCCCCACUGAGCCCAAGGAAGAGCCCAAGCCCAAGCCACCAGAGGCCAAGAAGACCUUCAACAGUGUCAGCAAGAUCGACAGGAUUGCCAGAAUAGCUUUCCCGUUACUCUUCGGAACCUUCAAUCUGGUCUACUGGGCAACUUACUUAAAUAAAAAGCCCAAAUUACAGGGUAUGGGAUCUCACUAAUCCCAAUUCCCCCUUCUGUUUCUUUCUCGAAUGUUUAUUUUCAGAAAACAUGGUGUCCAUGCUGGUUGAGUUCACAGUCGCCACAUUGCUUUUAUUUCACAUACCUUCCAAGAUAAAAAAAAAAAGAGAAAAGGUCUUAGGAUCUGAGCAAUGUGGUAACUGUUUAAUUGGAAUUGUUUUGUGGGAGGGAUUAUGCUACUAAAGAAAAUAUGCUAUAAAUAAUAUAUUAUAUACGCAAGAGAAUGCUAUUCUACAAAUGCACAUAGCCCAACAUUUGUUAAGGAUCCGGAUUUUGUUUUGAUUUUACGAUAUACACAUGAUCAGUUGUUGUUUGCAUUACUUCAUUGGCACUGUAAAAGAAAAUUGUGUUUUUGCAUGGACUGGGUGUUUUUCCUUUCAAAGACCAAUCAACAUUGACUGAUGACCUAGUUUGUUUAAUAUCAGUGACAAAAUGCUACCUUCAAUCUCCGUCAAAUAUUCUUCCAUUCUCUGUAGAUGUUUUGGGGUUGUUAAUUUCCUUCUGUUGAAAAAAUCAAGAUAGGGUUUCAGCAAUAGCAAUAAAACAUGUCUCAGUGGAAAAAAAAAGUUCAUUCAUUCAUGGAUUUAAGAAGAUAAAACAAUUCAAUCGUUUAUGUGCAACAUUAUGAAUACUAAUCAUUUAGUUUUAUUGUAAAUAUUAUCAAGUGUUAGAGAUGUCAAUAUUACGUUUAAGCUUUGCAAAGUGUAACUAAAGGGUAUACAUAUUCAACACGUGGCAGAGAUGGUUUUUCUUUUUUUAACUGUUUAUGAAAUACUGAAUAGUUUGUGUUGAGAGAGUAUUUACUGGUUCGCUCCUAAGUGACAGUUUCUUACCAAGCAGGUGUUCCACUGAUCGCCAGUCAAUGUUGCAUUGACAGUGGCUAUUACUGAAGUAUACUAAUAUAUCUAUAUAUUCAACUAAAUACAUAGCUGUGUGUAUCUACAUGCUAACAACUAGAAAGUGUCCAGGUCAGGGGUGGGCUGGUAAUGAAAGGGAAUGUAAAACUGUAAAAUCUAAAUGUCGGAAUGCAUUUUAUAUUUAGAAUUAAAAAAACACUAUUAUUCUUUACUUUGGUUUCUGGUUUCUAUGGCAGAGAAAAUACACUAGAGGUUCAUUUGUACAGGGCCAAGCGAACUGUCAGAUUGUUUAGGUUCGAAAGAGGACUGCUAGCAGUGAGCGUCUCAGUGGGCAGGCAGUGGCAAAUGCAUUGAGAAUGAAGAGCAGUGCCUUUUACAUUUUCAUGGUUGAUCUAAGGAAAUACUACUCUCUAUUUGAAGGCACUAGGUUUUCCAUCCAGCUCUAUUCCAUGACCCCGUGAUGGCACCAUAGUUCCCAUCUUCUGUUGACAAUGUUUCAGAAAGUACCAGCGACACUGCCUUCCAUCCCAUGCCGUUAGAGAAAAACUUGUUUUUGGACUGCAUUUGUUGCUGCUUGAUGUUGAUGCGAGAGGAAGAGAGAAAGCAGAGGCACUAAACAUUACUGGCUAGUGCUGUGUCCUGCACACAGGAAAUGUCUUGUAGUUCUUUGAUAGUAUUGAAUAUUUAUAUUUUUGUAGCAUGAUGUCAAUCCCUCCUCAGAGAAAACCAACAGAUACUAAACCAAACAUGUUAAAACAUAGUUGCUUUCUUUUCCUUUUCUUCAAAUUCAUUCAAAUAUACUCAAAGACACAUUUUCUGAUAUGUGGCAAGUUAAAGUGAAUUGUUCUUCUAAAAAUGCUGUUGAUGUAGCAAUAUCCAUUAGCAAGGGCUUUUUGAAAAUCUGAACUUAAAACCUGCAUUGUCCUGGUAAUAUCCAUGGUAGCUUUAUAGUGACCUCAGUAAUUAUAGUUAAAUGUGUCAGGUUAGAAUCAAUCUGUCAUGCCAUGUCUUUAUUUUUUUUUUGCGGUUUUCCAGCCGUCAGUAUUUAACUUCCUUUCAUAAAUAUAUUGUAUGAUCCAAAUUGAUAGUGGGGACAUUGUAUAGCAUGGGCAGGUGUGUUUUUACAGGAAAUCGGUUUUAUAGUACUGGACAUUGUGCAGAACUGACCAUGUCUGUGGACGUUGUUGAAAGACUAGUGUGUACUGUACAUCAGUGCACAUGCGUUGUGUGGAAGCAGAGGAUUGUUAUGUUAUGACCAAUAGAUAGGCUCAAUUCCUGGAGAUGGUGGGCUUUUGGUAUGCAAGUGCACAAUAUGCUGUGGACAGAGUAGUCUUAUAAAAACUGUGUCAGGAACACAAGUCCCGUGUCAAAUGUAUAAAUAUAAAUAUAUAGAUAUGUCACUUCAAAACAAUUGUAUGGAUGUCUAAUAUUAUGAAAGGAAUACAUAGAUAAUAUAUAUAUAUAUAAUAUACAUAAUGCAUAUAUUAUUAUUUAAUUAAAAACAAUACUAGUUACAAUAAUGACAUUGUUUGUACAAACCUAUAGUUAUGCAUUUUGAACAUUAGAAGCGUACUUUACUUUUAUGUAGUCAGCUUUGUGCUAUGCAAGGAACAGCUUUGAUCCACGUUAAUUAGCUUCUUUCUCUGACCAUUGUGUUUCAAAUUUACAAGGUAUUGUAAAAAGCUUAACUCUUUAAUCAACCAUGCACUCUAUUUAGCCAUUUCUUUAUCUGCUAGGUAAUCCAAGAGUAGAUUAUGAAUUACUCAGCUAUUUUCUUUUUCUUGAUGUCCAGGUCUGGAUCUAUGAUGGUUGAUGGGAAGAUGAUGACUUUGAAUGUCGUUUGCACAUUUUUCAAAGAUAUGGUGAUGAAAUAAGUCAAUUAAAAACAUGAAGCUAAAGUAUAUUAAGUUCACAAAUCAUUUUAUUUUAAAAUAAUUUCAAACAUAAUUAUGGAUAUAAUAAGUGAGUUAUCAUGAAUUGCAGACAGGAUAAAUACACGCUGAAAUUAAAAAAUGAGAAAUUACAGACAACAAAAUUCAUGAAGGUUUCCUUCAUAUUUCUGAAAAUGAAAACCUCAGCAAAAAUAAACAGUGUUUCUGGCAGUUUGGUGUGAAACGUUCCGCUGUUGUUAUUUUGGCCUACUGGUUUUGAAAGCACUGUAUUUGCUCCAGAGCACUGGCUGUGAAAUCUGUGACACAUUCACAAACAUGAGCUUCCAACCCCUCCCCUUUUCACAUACAGCAGCUGCAACAAACCCAACCCCUUUGAGAGCUGUUAGCUGUUGUUCUGAACUUUAUUUGCUUUUCAAAGUUGGGUCUUUGAUCAACGUUAAGUACCUGUGGGAGUUUUUAGUUUAUUUAUGUUUCAUUCAUUCAAGGCAUUUAAAAUAAUGAUUGGGAAAUAGAACCACGUUUUUUGAAAGCACAAAUGUUGAAGAUAACGAUAGUGGAUGAAGGUCAAUGGUCUCCACACACACACACUUCGUGGUACAUAAUGUAUGAUAACUGACCAACAAUGAUAGAGGUGGAAAAGUAUACCUUCUGUAAAUGUUUGGUUUUGUUAUGACAUGGCCCUCUGUAGAAUCUGAUUCUCUGCAUAAGUCUUUAAAUAAAAGAGAUUAAAACAGUCAUGCUGACAUUUCUAUCAAUGUUUAAUAAAUUAUUAAAAUGCUAA